AUGCAAACUCGAAUGAAAAUUAUCGUAAUCGGCCCUUCAGGGGUUGGGAAAACUGCAAUAUCAAACUUAAUCUCUGGACAUUCACAAACCCCUUCUCAAGUUUAUCACCCGACCUCAGGAGUCCGAAUUUUAGAACUAGAAAAGGAGCCUCCUCGCGCCAAUCGGCAAGCAGGAGAAUCCACUAUUCAAAUUGAGCUGUGGGAUUGCAGCGGAGACCCUCGCUAUGAAAAAUGUUGGAGUGCCUUCAGAAAAGAAGCUGUCGGAGUCAUUUUUGUGUACGACGGAGAAGAUCCAAGACCAGAUAUGAGCAAUUUUGUCGCUAAUUUCCCACAAAGGAUGGGUUUGCAUCCUAGCCAGUGUAUUGCGUUUGCUCAUUAUAAAAAUAGCAAGCCAAAAGGAAAUGUUAAACCGCCGAAAGGAAUUGAGAGAGUUUCCCUUUAUGAAACCUCCAUGGAUAAUACGUCAAAUAUUCUAAUGGCGUUUGAUAAGUUAUUUAUAAUUAAAAUAUGGCGUCUUCGUCUGGGCAUGGCCUCCCGGCCAUGCAGCCUCGACUCAUAUUUUAAUUAUAUCCGGCAAGGUUUUACCAUUUCAGAGAUGGACAGCAAUGCUAGGUAAGCAAUUCUGGUAGCUUUCAGAGCCUAGCCCUAGUCUAUUCUCAGGGGUGGAUUUUUCCUCGUGGGGAAGGAGGGUGCAAGGUUGGAAAGGGGAAGCCCAGCAAAGUCCUCUGGACCAUUCGGGCAACUCCCUAGCGUGAAACUGGGCGUUACGUCCCAGGCUUUGCAUUUUUCCUUUUGCCGAUAGCCGACCAGAAAAAUCCAUUUUUUGGGUUUUUCGGAAAAGCAACCCAUGUACAAGCAAGUAGCUCAUCCAUGAGCCGUCGAAGACGUGGACAUUUGCCCUAGAAGCACCCUGGUGAUCGAAGCAAGUUUGUCUCCAGCAGACUGGUGGGCCCGAUGCGACGAAAGGCGAGUGAUAAACCUGGAGUUGUAACCCCGUAGUGGACGUUAAGCGAUAUAAAUUCUAAUGUAAUGUAAUGUUUGAUAAGUUAUUUGGGAUGAUAUACAGUAUCAUUAUGGAGAGCCAAGAAAAGGCAGAGAACCAGAUUAUUAGUAAUAGAGAUUAA